AUGAAAAUCCUGUUUUGUGACCUCCUGCUUCUCAGCCUCUUCUCCAGCGUGUCCAGCAGCUGUCAGAAGGACUGUAUGGCCUGCAGAGAGAAGCUCCGCCCCGCUCUUGACAGCUUCAACCUUGAGGUGUGCAUCCUCGAGUGUGAAGGGAAGGUUUUCUCUGGCUCCCUCUGGACUCCGUGCACCAAGGUCAUGGCGAGGGGCUCCUGGCAGCUCAGCCCUGCUGACCCAGACCACGUGGCAGCUGCUCUUGACCAGCCAAGAGCCUCUGAGAUGCAGCAUCUGAAGAGAAUGCCCCGUGUCAGGAGCCUCUUCCAAGCUCAGAAAGGGACAGAGCCUGGCACGGAGGAGGUGGGGGACACGGAGCAGAAGCAGCUGCAGAAGAGGUUCGGGGGUUUCACCGGCGCCCGGAAGUCGGCCCGGAAGUUGGCCAACCAGAAGCGGUUCAGUGAGUUUAUGAGACAGUACCUGGUCCUGAGCAUGCAGUCCAGCCAGCGCCGGCGCACCCUGAACCAGAAUGGUAAUGCGUAG